CUCCCCCGCACAAAGUAGUUCCCCGCGGCCGCCCCCAGCCCGCGCCCACAGCGCCCACACACACACACACACACACACACACACACACACACACACACACACACAUAAUGGCGCUCAAGAGAAUCCACAAGGAGUUGAAUGAUCUGGCACGUGAUCCUCCAGCACAGUGUUCAGCAGGGCCUGUUGGUGAUGACAUGUUCCAUUGGCAAGCUACAAUAAUGGGACCAAAUGACAGUCCAUAUCAAGGUGGAGUAUUCUUCUUGACAAUUCACUUUCCAACGGACUAUCCUUUCAAACCACCUAAGGUUGCAUUUACAACAAGAAUCUAUCAUCCAAAUAUUAACAGUAAUGGCAGCAUUUGUCUUGAUAUUCUAAGAUCACAGUGGUCACCAGCUCUAACUAUUUCAAAAGUACUUUUGUCCAUCUGUUCUCUGUUGUGUGAUCCCAAUCCAGAUGAUCCUUUAGUGCCUGAGAUUGCACGGAUCUACAAAACAGAUAGAGAAAAGUACAACAGAAUAGCUCGGGAAUGGACUCAGAAGUAUGCGAUGUAAUUAAAGAAAUUAUUGGAUAACCUCUACAAAUAAAGAUAGGGGAACUCUGAAAGAGAAAGUCCUUUUGAUUUCCAUUUGACUGCUUUCUAUGAGCCCACGCCUCAUCUUCCCCUGUGCACAUGUUUACCUGAUACAGCAGUGCUGCGUGUUGUACAUACUUGGAACAACAAACUAGAAAUACUGUAUUUCCCCGUACCAACAUUGACUCCUAGCAGAGAAGUGUGUGUGUGAAAAGCCGGUUCUUCAGUCAUAACUUUGUGAGCCUAAAAGCAUUCCUUGUUGGUUUAAAUUGGGUGAUAGAGCGGGAGUGGCGGAGCUCGGGUGGAUUCCAUAGUUCCGGGGCGCAGUUGUUGGUCCGUGGAGGCUUUUUGAAGUGGAAUCCUUUUAAACUCAUAACAGUUAUGAACAACAAGGUGAAGAACUCGAAGCUGUCUCUGUAUUGGUUUGAUUCUGAAGGACCUACACCUUAGGUUUGGGCUCUGACCCACGGAUCGAGCCGACCCGCGUCCCGUGCCCGAGGUCUGAGUGUGGCCGGCAUUGGAGCGGCUCGGGGCUCUCAGAGCUAUCAGUGCGUCGAGUGACGUUGAUUUGUUUCGACUCUCUCCCCUCCUUCAUGCUCUUUUUGGUUUGUACGUGGUUCUUCAGUUAAUACAUAGCUAAUAGCUCUUCUUUUUCUUAAGUUUUUUAACUGCUUAGGUCUUUCUGGAUGUAAGGGUAAAAAAAUCCAUCCCACGGAAAACUUGUGUAUAUUUAAAAACCCAGCUGCUCCCCCGCAGCCUGUACGUUCGAGAAUGAUUAAUCUGUGUAAUAAACUGAUUACUACAGUCAUUACAUAUAA